AGUUCACGCUCUCCCGGCGUUCGAAGCGCACACGCAGAACGUAUCAGUGACAACCCUAGCUAAACCCCGCCCCGAAAAUAUCGAUGUUGCCAGCGUAUGUGAUAGUAUUGAUAGUAUUUGUGAAAGUUGCAAGUGUAAUGAAAAGCUCUGAAAAUGUACCAGUUUAAUAUGCGCGGUACCUCUACAAACGCAGAAGAAGCGCCAAUCCAUUAAAACGAAACACAUGAUGAAGUCUAAGGACACGUUAACUAAAAUGCCUGCUAUUAGAAAAUAUGUGAGGACACUGUUGUGACAAUAACUAACCUUAAAACAAUGACGGAAGCGGCUUCGUCUUAUGAAAUGCAAUCACGGAACGAUGAACAAAAAGAUGGGAAAACUAAACCAGGGCUGUCUGCUGGGAAGAUAUUCUACAAGCCUGGAGUUAUUGAGGAAGAGACGGAUGAAACGAGCGCGUUCGAUAGUUCCGUGGUUGACACCCCUAUGCUGGGCAUAGGGCUGAGCAGUAGUGGGUUCCUGAGGCCUCCGCAAAUAUACCCCUCGAGCAGUCUUCAUAGGAUACCUACAUACAGCAGCUCCAUUGGACAGAGCACGGUGUACCGACAGGAUACUUGCAGGAGCCGAUCUCACAGACAUGGUGCGACAAGAAGAACAAGACGACGAGCUAUUCUCAAAAACGGAGAAUGCAACAUUCUCAAGUCCAAGAUCUCGCAGCGGCGGCUGAGGUUCCUUCAGGAUAUGUUCACGACGCUCGUGGACGCUCAAUGGCGAUGGACGCUGCUAGUAUUCACACUCUCAUUCAUCUUAUCCUGGCUCGGAUUUGCAUUGAUCUGGUGGCUAAUAGCUUUCACACACGGAGACUUAGAGCUGGACCAUCUCCCACCCAUGCAGGAAGGAUCUAAUUGGAAGCCGUGUGUGUUUAACAUUUACGACUUCACCUCCUGCUUCUUGUUCAGUAUUGAAACACAACACACGAUCGGUUACGGUUCACGUACGACCACGGAAGAAUGUCCUGAGGCGAUAUUCAUUAUGUGUCUUCAAAGUAUUGUGGGUGUGAUGAUUCAAGCUUUCAUGGUCGGUAUAGUGUUCGCUAAAAUGACGCGGCCCAAGCACAGGACGCAAACACUUUUGUUCUCCAAGUAUGCCGUAGUGUGCCAGCGAGACGGUGAGCUGAGCUUAAUGUUUAGAGUGGGCGACUUGAGGAAGUCACACAUUAUAGGAGCCAGUGUGCGAGCCCAGCUGAUACGAUCAAGAACGACAAAGGAAGGCGAAGUACUGUCUCAUUACCAAACGGAGCUUGAGUUAAACGCGGAUGGAUGUGACAGUAAUCUUUUCUUCAUUUGGCCGAUAACGAUGGUCCAUAAAAUCAAUGCUGACAGUCCGUUCUACGGAGUAUCAGCCGCUGAUGUAUUGCAAGAAAGGUUCGAGAUUGUGGUUAUUUUGGAGGGGACAAUAGAAUCUACUGGUCAGACGACCCAGGCGCGCUCCAGUUACACGACUAGUGAAAUAAUGUGGGGACACAGGUUUGUCCCGCUGGUGACGUACAACCGUGAGCGUCAGGGGUACGAGGUGGACUACUCCAAGUUCGAGGAGACGAUGCAGGUGGACACCCCGCUGUGCUCGGCGAAGGAGCUGGACGAGUUCUACGGCAGCCAGGGUGAUCGUAGAUCGAUCGGUUACAUGGCAACCAGUUCUCCCUUACCAGGUGAAGUGAAUCUACGAGAAUCCAUCAAUUCGGCAAUCUUACCGCCUUUCGCUGCAAAUUCCCCGCUCGUGAACAUGGCAGAUCGACUCGUGAUGGACGCCUUACGACGAACCAGCUUGACAAGACGACCAUCAUCAAUCAAGUAUCCUCCGAACUACUUCAGCAGUCCCACUGAAGAAUCUUCUUCAUCCAGUGAAGAAGAAACAAAAAAGAAACGCGGCAAGAAAAAGAAAGAUAAAGUUUGAAUUAUUUCUAAAAAUAGUUGUGUAUGAAUUCGUAUCUACUUAAGCCAAAAUCGACCUAGUAUUCCAUGAUCGAUCAAUCUCUGCUUAUCUACAAUGAGACGAGAAUGUUCGAUAUUUUAUUAUGCUGUAAUGCAAAUGUGUUUCAGUAUUAUAGUGCCGAUAACGGCAUCAGUACCUAUAGCUAUAUAGGAAAACAAAUGUGCUAAUUAUAGAGUAUAAGUAUAUAUUAAUAUAAGUAGUACAGCGACCUCUUGGAAAAAUCUAGAAAUAUUUCCUCCGUAGUUCCUAGGCCAUAUUUUGUAAAAAUUGUGUACGUAUAUACAUACGUAUUUUCUAAUUAUUUUUAUGCUUUUGUUAUUAUUAACAGUGUCGUUGUUAAUAAAUGAUCUACAAAAUUCAGUCAUAUUGGUAUAAAUCAAUGUGAGUACAGCGCCAUCUCUUAUCGAGUAGCUACACUAGAUUUUAUUUAAACUUUUGCCAAUACUGUCACGCCUACCACGCAUGAUCGCAAUCUACAGCACUAUGUAAAUGCGAAUGCGGUUAAUAAUAAUUACAUCAAAACCAGUGCCAAUUAACAAUAAGAUGUGUAGAGGGGGAAAUAAAACUCGUGUAUUGUUUAAACUAGCAACUAUAUUUGUUUAUUCCGAUAUUCUAUCAGGAUAAGACAAAGCAUUCGGCUAAUUUAAAAAACGGCAGCGCCCGCGCCGCACAAGGCCCCUGAAUUCCAUAACAUCUCAACGUAUACAAUAAUACUAUGAUUUGUUUAUAUCACUUUAAUAAUAGAGUUGUUAUUGUUUUAUAAUAAUUAAAUAUUAUAAUCAGUACAUAUUGCAAGCAUUAGCUAUAAACUAACACUUAAAUUUAAAUUAGCUAGUCUAAUUACACAAAGAAAAUGUGUCGAUAACAAUGUGGGCCGUGCAUGGCAGUGCACAGCCAAGUUCUAAGUACUUUUGUCCGAAUAAUUUAAGUAUUAAGUAUCCAAAUAUAUCACAUAUUUGUUGUACAUAUAACAGUACUUUGUACGAUAUUUUUAAUGUAUAAAAGCGUUAGGUAGUAAGCUACUUGUACAUUCACAACUCGUUACGUAGGUAGCAAGAUACAAUUUCAAUACUUAAGUAUAAUAUUUUGCACUAUUAACAUAGUUUUUGGAUUUAAUCCGAAAGCACAAGCUUAAGUUCAUUUAAUAACAUUCUCUUUGGAAUUUUGUCAUACAAUGAUAAUUAAAAUUAUAAUUAACAUCAUUUUAAUUCAAGCAGGGGCCAUCUCUGCAUCAAUUUUGAAUUAAAUUCGUCAUUGGAAAUAUAAAUAUUUCUUAAAAAUAGAACUUAUUCUAUCUCUAGUCUGACUGUCGAUAGAAAAGUGAAACUCCUACAUUUUCGUAUUCUUACACAAACUGUGGAGACAUGACUAACUAAGAUUUUAAAGCUUCAUGUCAUUUAACUUCUAUAAGUUUGGUCUCCACUCUACGUUCACUAAAUUAUCUAAAUAAAUACUUGGUCUAAAUACAACCCUAUCUGGUACAUCGAUGUUUUGAUGAAGUAGACGGUUGAGUAGAAAAUUGUUGUCUGUUACAAAAUAAAUCUGUUCCUAUAAUUUAACAGGACUUGGCACAAACGGUAAUACUAAGUACAUGUUUACAAUCUUAUAACAAUAAGCACCUCAAAGUUACAAAACGAUUAAAACUUUAACAUUA